AUGGCCUUGGCGACCGUGGAUCCAAAUAUUCUGGUGUUAACGGAGAAGAAGGUUGAAGCUGGUGUUACGGUGAAGAAGGUUGAAGCGCCUAUGAAGCUUGUUGUUACGGAGAAGCAAGAGGUGAACAGAUCUGUGGAAAAACGUUCUCCUGAAACAACAAAUGAAGGAGAUUCUGUGAAGAGGGUCAAGGUAUCAGAGAAGAAAGAGAAGAAGAAACCUAACUUUCAACGUGUUUGGAGUGAGGACGAUGAGGUUGCUAUUUUACAAGGACUUAUUGACUACAAAACUGACACUAAAGUGGAUCCAAAGAUUCUGGUGUUAACGGAGAAGAAAGUUGAAGAUGGUGUUACGGUAAAGAAGGUUGAAGCGCCUAUGAAGCCUGUAGUUACGGAGAAGCAAGAGGUGAAAAGAUAUGUGGAAAAUCGUUCUUCUGAAACAACAAAUGAAGGAGAUUCUGUGAACAGGGGGAAGGUAUCAGAGAAGAAAGAGAAGAAAAAACCUAACUUCCAACAUGUUUGGAGUGAGGACGAUGAGGUUGCUCUUUUACAAGGGCUUAUUAACUACAAAACCGACACUGGGGGAGAGGCUCUUGAAUCAACUGGGAAGUCGAAGAGAGUUGCUUCUCUGAAGCAUGAGGACGCUGAAAGAGUGUCUUCUUCUCUUGUUAGAACACUAGUGUACGUUGGUGUGGAUGAACUUGCUGCUCAACAAGGAUUGAGUAUGAUUGCCUUAGAGGAUAAGAAGAGAUAUGAGGAGCAGAAGGCCUUGCAGGCUAGGGAAUUUGACUUCUAUUCGGAGAAGGCCAAGUUCCUUCAUCAAAUGUUAGCAAUAUCUCGAUUAAACGCUUAG